CAUUGCUGCACACUCGACUCCAUCCGUCCGUCUCUGUGUGUGUACAGCCUCGACUCACUGACGCAUGAUGGAGAAAGAAGACCGGACGCCAAACUUCCACAGACUGACCUCAGCGGAGAGCUGGAGCUCGGAUCUGUCCAGAGACUCGUGUGAAUACUAUCAGACGGAGAUAUUUGGCCUGUUGCCGAGCUCACAGGCUCAUCGGCGGCUUCACGCAGAAACCCUCACAGAUGAUCAGGAUCAGAGUCUGCUGGACAGAGUCUCCUGGAACCCCAGCGUCCCGCUCCGAGACCUGCCCGUCUGUCUGCAGGACAAGAGAGACAUCCGAGAGCGGCAGCCCCUGCAGAGACGCAGCAUUGGCCACUGGGACUCGUGGAGGCGGAGCCAGCAGAAAACAAGGCGGCGCUUAAAGGAGCAUGUGGGCGGGGCUGUAUCUGGACUGUUGCCAUGGAGACACACGCUCCAUAAGAUCGAAGGUCAGUUUGGGGUCGGGGUGAAGGCGUACUUCGUGUUCCUGCGUUACCUGCUGUGUCUGAACCUGCUGUACUGCGUCAUUAUCGGCGGAUCGGUGCUGACGCCAACGCUGGUGUUCGCACAGAACUCAAGUACUCACGUGGAUCUGCGUCAUAUUCUUGAGCAUGGUGUUCUUGAAUCCUCCCCAGUGUUUCAUAGUUUCUACACUCGUGGGUCUCUUGAUUUGGAUUGUUUAAACACUCCGAUCCUCUUUCUCCUUGGCAUGUUCUCUGUCCUCUUCCUCAGCAUCAUCAUGGUGGUCCGCAGGACAGUGGUCGGCUACAAACAUUCAUGGCUCACAGGAAAUCGCUUCAAUUCCAACUUGAGUUACAAGGUUUUCUGUGGGUGGGAUUUCUGCAUCCAGAACCCUCAAGCAGCGUCACUGAAACAAAACUUUGUCCGAAACGAACUCAGGAUGGAUCUAGAAGAGCAGACGUUUCAACAGAGAGUCCAACAGCGAUCGCUCAGACACUGGGUUCAGCUCAUCUUCCUGCGGAUCCUUCUGAACGUCCUCGUGCUGGUUCUUCUGGGCAGCUCAUUCAUUCUGAUAUAUUUUGCCAUCCAAAAGUCACAAACUAAGUGUGAGAAUCAUUGGACUUUGUGUCUGAUGUUGGAGUAUCUUCCUCCGAUCACAGUGACGACUGUAAACUACAUACUUCCACAUGUUUUCAGUAAGAUCUCAGAGUUUGAAGAUUACUCGCUCACCAUUCAGCUGAACCUCACACUGAUCAGGAGUAUUUUCCUUAAGUUGGCGUCUUUGGGCAUCUAUCUGUUCUUCUUCAUUAGUGCUCAAUCUCCAGAACAACACAAGGGUUAUCAGUGCACAGAGAAUGCGUUUGGGAAGGAGAUGUACAAACUCACCAUCUUUAACCUCCUGGAGUGUUUCUUCAAUGCAUUUUGUGUGGCCUACCCAAGAAUGUUAUUGGUGGAGAGGUUUCCAUCCUCAAAGUUGGCGCAGUUAUUAGGCAAGAAGCAGUUUGAGAUCUCCUUCAAUGUUCUGGAUCUGGUCAACAGUCAGACAGUCACGUGGGUCGGAGUGUUUUACUGUCCUCUACUGCCAGCCAUCAACACCAUCAGGCUGCUGCUCCUCUUCUACGUCAAGAAGAAACAGCUAAUGUCUGAUCCGGGUGGCUGUGGCCCAUUUGAAGGCAACAGGACCGUGUUUAACGUGACCAGUGUGUGUAUAAAGACGCUUCCCAAUCCGGUCCAGAGCACCAUCAGCUACAUCUCAUCUGAGGCCUUCGCCUUCGCUCUCAUACUGGCUGAAGUUGUCAUACUGACGUCGUACGUGUCUCGUGGACGAGCGAAUCGUAAAGCCAUCGAGAGACUGAAGGACAUGUUGGUGAUGUGCAGCUCUGAUAAACGUUUCCUGGUGAAGCAGCACUCGACGAUCAUGAGACGACAGCAGAGAACACGCUAACAUCACGUAAAAAAAAAUACGAUAAAA